GAAAGAUAGACUCAAGAUGGCCAAAGCUAAGACUCUCCAUACUAUGGUUAAGCUUGUUUCUCAAGCAAAAACAGGAUAUGAAAAAUACUUCCGUAUAAAUAGACAGUCUCCAAGAUUGAAUUUGAUUUUGUAUGAUCCAAGGGCCAAAAGACACUGUCUUUUCACCGAAUCAAAGAGAAGAAAGGUGCCGGAUGUUAUUCCUAAGGAUUACACCAGAUCCCAUCGUGUUUAAGGGAUUUGCUCUAGCAUUUCAUGAUUUAUUUAACCUCUCCACUAACCGUUUCUAUUCGCCCUUGUAUAUAAUAUUUUGUAUCUUUACCUAAAUGAUAUAUUUACGUUUAAUGUCAA